GGUGACAUUAAAUGAUCUGAAAUUGUUGACCAAUCGUAACCGUAACAAGUUAGAGCGUAACACAACACACAUUACAUGCAGCACCAAGUUGUCGAAUAUUCAGUUGAUCAUACGUACCCUACUUCUUUCUCUUUGUUUCCAUUUAGCUUAAUUGAAAGAGAGAAGCAUUUAAUUAAAUAAUGGCUGAAGAUAAAUCAUUCAUCGUUGAGGUUGAGAAAGCUAGAGAUGCCAAAGAUGGUAGGCCAUCUAUGGGUCCUGUUUAUCGUAGCUGUUUCACUAAGGAUGUCUCUCCUCCUCCCAUUCAAGGUCUCGAUACAUGUUGGGAUGUUUUCAGGACUGCUGUUGAGAAGUAUCCAACAAAUCCAAUGCUGGGUCGCCGUGAAAUAGUGAAUGGGGAUCCUGGCAAAUUCAAUUGGCAAACUUACAAAGAAGUGUAUGACUUGGUGAUCAAAAUUGGGAAGUCCAUUCGUGCUUGUGGUUAUGGGGAAGGAGUAAAAUGCGGCAUUUAUGGCGCCAAUUGUCCGGAAUGGAUUAUGAGCAUGGAGGCCUGCAAUGCUCAUGGACUUUAUUGUGUUCCUUUAUAUGAUACCUUAGGUGCCGGGGCUGUGGAGUUUGUUAUAUCUCAUGCAGAGGUCUCGAUAGCAUUUGUCGAAGAAAAGAAGAUACCUGAGCUAUUGAAGACAUUUCCAAAGGCAGCAGAGUAUCUCAAGACAAUUGUGAGCUUUGGAAAAGUUUCUGAAGAACAAAAGCAAGAAGUUGAGAAGUUGGGGGUGAAAAUAUAUUCAUGGGAUGAAUUUUUAGAAGUGGGUCAUGAUAAGAAUUUUGAUCUUCCUGUAAAAAAGAAAAGCGACAUAUGUACAAUAAUGUACACAAGUGGAACAACCGGUGAUCCCAAGGGAGUAUUGAUAUCCAACGAGAACAUUAUUACACUUUUAUCUGGGAUGAAAAAGAUAUUAGGUAGUUGCAAUGAACAAAUGCAUGAGAAAGAUGUAUACAUAUCAUACCUUCCACUUGCACACAUCUUUGACAGGAUUAUUGAAGAGGGAAUCAUAUGGAGUGGUGCUGCAUUAGGUUUCUGGCGAGGGGAUAUCAAAUUGUUGAUGGAAGACAUUGCUGAGUUAAAACCAACUAUUUUUUGUGCCGUUCCCCGUGUGCUUGAUAGAGUGUACACAGGUUUGACAGAGAAGAUUAAUAAUGGGGGUUUUGUGAAACAGACGAUGUUCAAUUGGGCCUAUACAUACAAGUUGCAUAGCAUGGAAAGAGGGCAAAAACAUGAAACGGCAGCUCCAUUAAUGGACAAACUUGUAUUCAGUAAGGUAAAACAAGCUUUAGGGGGUAAUGUACGUAUUGUUUUGUCUGGAGCUGCGCCUCUAUCGAAACAUGUUGAAGGUUUCCUGCGUGUUGUGACUUGUGCUCACAUCUUACAAGGAUAUGGUCUUACUGAAACAUGUGCUGGAUCCUUUGUAACAAUACCAAACGAAAUAAAUAUGCUUGGUAUGGUGGGACCUCCUUUACCAUAUAUUGAAGUGUGUCUGGAGUCUGUACCUGAAAUGGGAUAUGAUGCACUUGCAACCAAACCAAGAGGAGAAAUCUGUAUUAAGGGUGGUACCGUUUUUGCUGGGUAUCAUAAACGUGAAGACCUCACCAAAGAAGUUAUGAUUGAUGGAUGGUUCCAUACAGGAGAUAUUGGAGAGUGGCAACCUAAUGGAAGCAUGAAAAUUAUCGAUCGAAAGAAGAAUAUAUUUAAGCUUUCACAAGGCGAAUAUGUUGCUGUUGAAAACCUGGAGAAUAUUUAUGUUCAAGUUAAUGCUAUUGAAUCCAUAUGGAUCUAUGGAAACAGUUUUGAGCACUUCCUUGUUGCUGUUGUUAACCCAAGCAAGAAAGCAGUUGAAGAUUGGGCUCAAGCAAAUGAUAUGAAGAUGGACUUUAAUUCUCUAUGUGAAGAUUCAAAGGCGAAACAUUACAUACUUGGAGAGCUCUUAAAGAUUGCGAAGGAAAAGAAGCUGAAAGGUUUUGAGUUUGUUAAAGCUGUUCAUCUUGAUCCAGUUCCAUUUGACAUGGAACGUGAUCUUCUCACACCAACAUUUAAGAAAAAGAGACCGCAGUUGCUUAAGUACUACCAGAAUAUCAUUGACGAGAUGUACAAGACGGCCAAAUAAAACCACUUAAAUUAUUUUUGUAUAUGCUAUGGGAGACAAUUUCUUUUAUUCAUGCAAUAGCACUUUUUUUUGUUGAGGCAAUGUAAAAGCACUUGUUUAAUUCCUUUUUUUUUUUUUUUUUUUUUAAUUAUAUAGAUGGCAUAUACAUAAUUUGCAACAGAUAGUUGUUCAACCGUAAAGAUAGAGAAAAA